AUGAAGCCGGUAAGCACCCCCAAUCGUAAACUGCACGUGAAAAGUCGAUUAGCGAUGGGAAUUAGUAGCGAGCACAUGAAAAAGUCGCGCCGACUCUCACGCGACGAAACCGACUUUUAUUCAAACAUCUGGUCGGGGCCACAAAGUGCACCACGACACAUUACAGCGACGAAGAAGCCGGCGCAAUAUAUAGAUAUCAGCCAAGUCGCUUAUGUACUAACAAGGAGUGGCUACAAGAGUGAAUAUGAAGGCCACAAUGACACAGUUACUCUCAAUAUUUGGGCGUCGCUAGACUCGGAACAGAACGCUUUCGCUCUCAAAACCGCUUCGAUAAGCAAAAGAGAGCAUAUUGAAAACAUUUUAUCGACUCCCAUAUCUGAGCACAGCAGCGAGGGCGGAUCAUCAGUUGUCACUUUGUCUAGCAUCCUGAGCCUUGGUCCAUUGAGAAUGGAUGUCAAUCCCCAUGGAAGUGUGGUGUCGUUGAACGAUUUUUCGAGUAUUAUUAGUACGCCAGUCUCCGCCCCAGAGCGAAAAGGCGACGCAGUUGUCUUUUCAGACGUACUCACGUGCGACGAUGAAGUGGAUAUGAGCUGGAGCUCGCAGUUUCUACUUGGACUGCACGAGCCGAUUCGUCAUGCUCUAUAUGUUAUUGAUCGUUUUCUCGAACGCAGUCGCGCUUUAAAAUCGCCCAUGAAGUGGAACGUGCGCGAAUUUUUUUACUGGUUCAGACGGUAUUUUGUCGAGUUUGUGCGAAAUCAGCGCGAUAUAAAGGCAACCGUGCUCCUUCCUCUUGUUAUUAUCAAAGUGGUUGAAAAGCACGAUAUUAUUAGUCUUUAUCAAGCUGCUUUCGCAUUGAUCGAAGUAAUUAUUGGUCAGGAAGAUGACUUGACGUUUUCCGCCGCAUCGUGUGUGGAUUCGUGGCAUACUCGUUUAAGCACGCUUCAGGACAAUAUUCGCCGACUAAAUUACCUGCUCUUAAACGCGCUAGCACUUGAAGAAGAAGCGUUUAAGCCUGCAAUCGAACUUGCGUUUUCAGAAAAAGCAUUUCAGCGAUACGUGAUGCCACGAAUUUUUCGUGCUACUAAACCAAAGCGCGUUAUGGUGCCGUGGAUUGUGGAACGCAGUCGUGUAUGGGGUGGUAUCAAGGUCGCUCAAGCGUAUAAGGAAGAUCUUUCCUUUAUGGCUCGAUUUCUGUACGACCACGUAUGGCAUCCCUACUUCGACACCAAUAUAGCGUCAGCUAUGAUGCACUUGGACAAUGAUGUGAGAAAUGUCGCCACAAAAGACUCGGACGAGGCCUGGUUUGGCUGCUCUGUCAUGUAG